AUGAUGAAUCAUCUCGGGGUGAUAGUGCUGCCCCUAACUCGCUCACUCUGUCAGUCAGUCGCCACAAAGAGACGUUCGAGAGCAAAUAAGCAACCACUACCGUCGUUAAAUAAAACAAAAACUUCAAUCAUGCGUGAAUGUAUUUCGAUUCAUGUUGGUCAAGCUGGUGUUCAAAUUGGUAAUGCAUGUUGGGAAUUAUAUUGUUUAGAACAUGGAAUUCAACCUGAUGGACAAAUGCCAUCAGAUAAAACAAUUGGUGGAGGUGAUGAUUCAUUUAAUACCUUCUUCAGUGAAACAGGUGCUGGUAAACAUGUACCACGAGCUGUUUUUGUCGAUUUGGAACCAACUGUUAUUGAUGAAGUACGUACUGGUACCUAUCGUCAAUUAUUUCAUCCUGAACAAUUAAUUACUGGAAAGGAAGAUGCUGCUAAUAACUAUGCUCGUGGACAUUAUACAAUUGGUAAGGAAAUUGUCGAUUUGGUACUUGAUCGUAUUCGUAAAUUAGCUGAUCAAUGUACUGGUCUUCAAGGAUUUCUUAUCUUUCAUAGCUUCGGAGGUGGUACUGGUUCAGGUUUUACAUCAUUAUUAAUGGAACGUCUGAGUGUUGAUUAUGGAAAAAAAUCGAAACUUGAAUUCGCUGUUUAUCCAGCUCCACAAAUUUCGACUGCCGUUGUUGAACCAUACAAUUCAAUCUUAACAACACAUACAACACUUGAACAUUCUGAUUGCGCUUUUAUGGUUGAUAAUGAGGCUAUCUAUGAUAUCUGUCGUCGUAAUUUGGAUAUUGAACGUCCAACAUAUACAAAUUUGAAUCGUUUAAUUGCACAAAUUGUUUCAUCAAUUACAGCAUCAUUACGUUUUGAUGGUGCACUUAAUGUUGAUCUUACUGAAUUUCAAACAAAUUUAGUGCCAUAUCCUCGUAUUCAUUUUCCAUUAGCUACAUAUGCACCCAUCAUUAGCGCUGAAAAAGCUUAUCAUGAACAAUUAACUGUCGCUGAAAUAACAAAUGCUGUUUUUGAACCAGCUAAUCAAAUGGUCAAAUGUGAUCCUCGACAUGGUAAAUAUAUGGCUUGCUGUCUUUUAUAUCGUGGUGAUGUUGUACCCAAAGAUGUCAAUGCAGCUAUUGCCACAAUAAAAACAAAACGAACCAUUCAAUUUGUUGAUUGGUGUCCAACAGGUUUUAAAGUUGGUAUUAACUAUCAACCACCAACUGUUGUACCAGGUGGAGAUUUAGCUAAAGUACAACGAGCUGUUUGCAUGUUAUCGAAUACAACUGCUAUUGCUGAAGCUUGGGCUCGUCUUGAUCAUAAAUUUGAUUUAAUGUAUGCUAAACGUGCUUUCGUUCAUUGGUAUGUUGGUGAAGGUAUGGAAGAAGGUGAAUUUUCUGAAGCUCGUGAAGAUUUAGCUGCAUUGGAAAAAGAUUAUGAAGAAGUUGGUGUUGAUUCAGUUGAAGGUGAAGGCGAAGGAGAAGGUGAAGAAUAUUAA